GAGGGAGGGAGGUGGAGUGUGACUGCAGUAGUUUCAUUUUUGAAGUACUCUCCUCCUACAGUGGCCAUAGUCUGCUACUGCUAGUGACAAGGAAACCAAAACAAAACAACCCUAGUUUCGUUUCUUCCCCCUCUGCUUGUCUGUCUUGUUUUCUCAGACUUUCUCUCCCUCUCAUUCGCUCUUCCUGUUUCUCCCCUUUCUCGCUCGCACUGCAGUGUCUUGCCAGAGGGCACGGGUUCUGUUAGCACUGCACCCGGCUAUUUGUAUGUGAGCGUGUGUGCGUGUGUUUGGAGGUGUGCAUGUUUGUGCCCAUAUGUGCUCCCUCCAGGGUAGCGGGCUCGUAUAUAAGUGCUGUUCUCCCUGAGACGCACUUUCUCCUCUGCGUGGGGCAUGCACCAUGAACACUCUCCCAGGUUGCUCCGGAGCCAGGAUUUCAGGCUGCUGGGCUCUUAGGGCGGACAGCAGCUGUGGUGGAGAAGGGUCGUUGGACCGACUCCUCCCCUCCGUCAGCAGCGGCCUGUCGCCACGGAAACGAACAACCAGCCGGUGCAAAUCUGAACCACCGCUGCUGCGAACUAGCAAGAGAACCAUCUACACAGCUGGGCGUCCACCCUGGUACAACGAACAUGGCGCUCAGUCUAAAGAAGCGUUUGUCAUUGGUCUCUGUGGAGGCAGUGCCUCGGGGAAGACUACGGUGGCUCGCAAGAUCAUUGAAGCCUUGGACGUUCCUUGGGUUGUGCUCCUGUCAAUGGACUCCUUUUACAAAGUCCUCUCGGAGGAGGAGCAGGCGCGCGCUGCCAGUAACGACUACAACUUUGACCACCCGGAUGCGUUCGACUUCGGACUACUGGUCUACACGCUGCGCAAGCUGAAGCAGGGCAAGAGUGUGAAGAUCCCCGUGUACGACUUCACCAUGCACGGCCGCCAGAAAGAGUGGAAAACUGUUUAUGGCGCCAGCGUCAUUAUAUUCGAAGGGAUCAUGGCCUUUGCGGACAAGGAGUUGCUAAAGCUCUUGGACAUGAAGAUCUUUGUGGACACAGACUCUGACAUCCGGCUGGUACGGAGGCUGAGGAGGGACAUUACAGAGCGAGGCAGGGACAUCGAGGGGGUUAUCAAACAAUACAACAAGUUUGUUAAGCCUUCCUUCGAACAGUACAUAGAGCCCACCAUGAGACUAGCGGACAUCGUAGUGCCACGCGGUGGUGGAAACAUGGUGGCUAUUGAUCUGAUCGUUCAGCAUGUGCACAGUCAGCUGGAGGAGAGGAAGCUUCGCUGGGAUAUGGCAGCGCUGGCCUCCGCCCAUCAAGCUCAGCCCCUCCCCCAGACCCUGUGUGUACUGGAGAGCACACCGCAGGUUCGCGGCAUGCACACCAUUAUCAGGAACAGAGAGACGAGUCGAGACGAGUUCAUCUUCUACUCCAAGCGGCUCAUGAGGCUCCUCAUCGAGAGAGCCCUCUCCUUCCUCCCAUCUCAGGUCCACGUCGUUCAGACACCUCAAGGGCAGGACUACGAAGGGAGGAUUUUCCAUGGAAAGAGGAUCACAGGCGUGUCCAUCCUCAGGGCGGGCGAAACCAUGGAGCCUGCUCUCCGCGCCGUCUGCAAAGAUGUCCGCAUCGGCAAGAUCCUCAUCCAGACCAAUCAGGACACAGGAGAGCCCGAGCUGCACUACCUGCGCCUGCCCAAAGACAUCAGUGAGGACCACGUCAUCCUGAUGGACUGCACCGUGUCCACCGGUGCUGCUGCCAUGAUGGCCGUGCGUGUGCUGCUGGACCAUGAUGUCCAGGAGGAAAAGAUCCUGUUGGUGUCUCUGUUGAUGGCUGAGAUGGGCGUGCACUCUGUCGCCUACGCCUUCCCUCAGGUCAAGAUCAUCACCACAGCCGUUGACAAGAAGGUCAACAAUGUAUUUCACAUUAUUCCUGGCAUAGGAAACUUCGGGGACAGGUACUUUGGCACGGACGCGCCGCCUGACUGGAGCGAUGGAGACAUGGAUUAGCCCAGCCGCUGAGAUGUUUGUUUUGAGCUGAGUGCUCUGGACACACUGAAGUUGGACAGGGCUUCAACUCUGACCUCUGACCUCAGGCCCAACACACAGGCUUACCCUCAGCUCUACAGCCAGCUCACCGCCAAACCCCCCGGUGUUGAAUUGCAGGGCACUUAAUCAAGAUUGGCACUCACCUCCAUGUACUGCUAGGUUGGCCAAAUGGGUCUGACCAUUGAAAUAUAUUAAUAUACCCCAAGAACGUCUCUGUUUUUAAAUACUUUCAACAUUUUUGGAAAAUAUGGCAUAUUGACAUUUUAUAAUAAUGCAUUUAUGAAAUUUUAUGAAGGGUUCUUGGUUCAGAAGGGUCUGUGUUGAAAAUGUUCGAUUUUAGACAGUUUUUAAUUCUGUUAAUGUAAGUUAUGAGCUGUAUGUCUUUUGCAGUCACUGAGGAGUUCUGAGUCCUGCUGGUGUGUUGCGUGUUGUCCUUGACAGCUGAAUGUGAGCGUUUUUUUUUUUAACACUUGUUUGCACAAAGCAAUACAGCAAGUGUCUUUUUUUGCUGCAAUCUUUAAUAGAAAUCAGGCAUUCUGUAAGCAGAUUUAAAGCGGUUUGCCUUGCUGCAUGUAUAAAAAAUCUUUUGAAGCACCACUUCAUUGGAAAAUGUGUGGCCGUUCUUUCUUCUACUCCCUGGUUUCCCCUUCACCCGUGAAGAGAUGCUGACCAAACCACAACUGUUAACUCUGAGGUGAUCCUUUUAGAACAAUGAAUUAAGCAUGUAGCCUACAAAACAGACUGGCUUUAUUUAUGUCUCCUACCACACCACGCUAGCCAAAACUACCAGCGAGAGUAGCGGUCGCCUGUCCUCAUGCUGCAGCGUAUGAAAUGUCUUGUUUUGCUGUGUCUCUGCAAGCCCGUCCAUACGGGGUACUUGAGCAACUCUGGCAGGACACAGAGAGUGUUUUGGACAUUUCCUGUGCUUGAUUAAUGUAAAGAUCAGCAUUGCCGUUGGUUUAAAAAAUAGAUAGAAAAUCAUGGAAUGAAUCGUUUUAUAAAUAAGUAUAUUAAUGUCUAAAAAAUAUUCAGCAGUUUCUAUAAGUGGAAAUGCAUGUGAAAUAAUUAUGCAAACUUUAUGGUACUGCUCUACAAUGUACUGGUCCCUCUAAUUCACCCAAGAUGCGAAUGGCUAACAUAAAAAUAUUUUAAAAUUAUAUAAGAUUUUGUAAUUUUCCAAGGUUUCCAAUUUUAUUUCCAUAAAAUACAGUUACAGAAGGUAUGACGGCUUCCUCCAGUUACUUUUUAUUACGCUGCCAAUUUGACAAUCACACAAGGAAACUUAUAAAGUGGUAUUGUCAUUUAACCUUUUGAUUUUCAUUUAUUUUACAUAUUAACUUAUGAUGUAUGCGCAAAAAGACACCUGAGCCAGUGUUGCUUAGAAAUAUCCAUACAUCCCCACCUAUUAUCGUCAUAAACGGCAUACUGUAACAAUGCCGGCUUUUCUGCUGCCUGAGUAAUGUUUGCGUGUCCACAAGCUACAGUAAACAUAUAACAUGAUGUAAAUGCAGGUCUGCUCCAGCACUAACCCAAAUGUCGUAUAGCACUCCCAUCUGUUGCAUGCUAUUGUAACAAGUGUGACAUCCAACAUCAUCUUAAUCACUGCAUUUAUGUAAUCUGAGGGUUGAUAAGUUGUUUAGUUGCAUUUUUAUGUUAAUGAGUUACAGUUUUCUUUCUAUC